AUGCCAUUUAAUAUAUUUUCAGUGGCUAUCAAUGCCUCCUUUACAACCGUCUCUACUGGAUUAGCACACUAUCUAGGCAAGAAGCCCGGCAAGACAGAGCCAGCUGCGCACUUCUCCUACCAUGGUGGUCUCGAGGUCAUCCGGCGGUUCCUUGAGCAUGCGGCUCGCCAUACGGUUGAAGAGUUACAGGCUUUUACGGGACAAAAAGUGCCUGCGCCAUACUGGGUGGCAGCUGGGAACGUGAUUAUUCCACCUGAGCAUCUGGAGUCUGCAUCUCAUCUGUUGAUUGCAGAGCUGGGGCCAGACGGUGUAUCCCUCGUUGGAGGGAGCAAAUGGUGGCAGUGGAGAGAUACAGAGGCUGCUCUUAUUGCAGAAUGGGUUGAAACGAGGAGAGACUAUAAUGACCGACGGGCACGGAACGUGAAAUCCAACCGUAUCAUGCUCUAUGUGCAUGGCGGUGCCUAUUUCUUUGGAAGUGUGGAUACGCACCGGUAUCAAUUGCAGCGGCAUGCAAGAAAAUUAAAGGCUCGUGUUUUUGCUCGGAUGUUGGUCACACUUCGUGAUCAAAACGUGCCAUUGCCUGCUGGAGCUGUCCUUAUAUCUCCUUGGGUGGACUUGACGCACUCCUUCCCUAGUGUUUCUGGUGCUGGGCUAGAAGACUAUAUCCCCAUAUACGGUUUCAUGCACCGCCCGUCGAUGGCAUGGCCUCCUCCAAAUGGAGAUGAAUACGGUAUUGAGUCAACUGCUGGUGAAAAAAUUCUCAAUACUAUAAAUUCACCUCCUGUUGCAGACAAGACCUCUAAGCUAGAUACCAAAGCAAUUGAGGAUUUCUACACCCGCCAGGCUCGUGCGACAACUCAAUCUACUCACGUUGACGAAUAUGCAACCUCCCAAAUUCCCGGUUCUAGUAAUCAACGCCGGAUGCUUGGGGAGCUUCUCCGGGUCGACAUAGACGGUGCAACUGUUGAGAUAAAAGACCAGAUUCACCUGUACACGACAAAUAGCCUGAUAUCCCACCCGCUUGUCUCCCCUGUGAUGCAAUCGUCGUUAGGAGGCCUACCGCCAUUGCUUAUACUUUCGGGCGGAGGAGAAAUACUAAGGGACGAGCAGAUUUACCUCGCACAUAAAGCGGCAAACCCAGCAGCCUAUCCCCCGAGUGACGAGUAUCUUGACAGAUACGACUCUGGUCGUGAAAUCCUUUCUCAUUACAAACCCACAUAUGUCCAACUCCAAGUUUGGAAUGGUCUUUGCCAUGUUGCGCCGACACUCAGCUUUACCCGACCUGCAAAAUAUAUGUAUAGAUCUAUUGCUCAGUUUUCCGCAUGGGCGUUGUCGAGGGCACAAGAGUCAAGUAUAGACAUACCAGAGGGCUCUCCUGCAUUAUCCGGCAUGUCUCUGCUUGGGCCUGAUCAAGCAGAUGGAUCGAAGAGGCAAGAAUCGGAACCACCACAAUUUACGACGAUUGGAAAAGCCGGUGAUUCUAUUCCUCCAUUCAAAAACCAUAUGAUCCGCCAGCUCGUUGACACCGAAGGCAACCUAUUCCCACUCCCUGAUGAACACGAGGUCCCAGCGCUUCAAAUUCCACGCAAUCGGAUCGGAGUGCCUAAAUCAACGCCAGUUCGCCGCUGGCUUGAGGCUAAAGGGGAAUGGGACGCCAAAUUUUCUAGGGAAAAGGAGAAAUUACAAAAACAACGAAUAAAACAUGUCCCGCUGGGAAUAGAGGAUAUAGCACCUGGAGAUCGUCCACCACCAAGCUCCCUGGCCGCAAGACGAGGAGUUACCGUUGGUAAAAUCAGACAACCAGCGAAGACGAGCUUCCUGCUCUCCUUCUGGAGUAAACUUGGAGCUAUUCAUGACGCGAAAGCUGUGCAAAAGGAAGAGAAAGAAGCCGUUGACAAGGAAUUCCCGACGUUAUGGCGUGGGGGCGUUCAGGGAACCACAGUCAAUGUCGCACAUCCAAGAGGCCGAAAAAACACUCGUGUUGUUACAGAUAUUGGUCAAUCUAACGAGUCUCAACGUGAUCUUACCACCAAUCCUGGUAGGACAACCCCUGCGGCCUCUGUACCGCAAAUUUGGAGGUCUCCCUCCAGUGAGGAGUUUGAAAGGACGAAGUCGAUGCCCGAGCGCAAUAAUAUCUACUCCCCAUCAUACACAGAGGACCAGGGCCACAGUGAUGACAAUAAACCCACCAAUGAACCUCCCUUAGACCAAUCAAGCACGCGGAGGGUCCGGCAUUCCGAGGGGGUUAUUAGCCCUCCCCCAGUUGCAUCCUCCCCCAUACCUAAUGAUGGGCUACCUCUUGAAUAUACGUCAUUGCUCUCAGGGCCAGAGGCUACCGAACCCAAGCCAAUCGUUAAUGGAGCUGAUCACCCCAUGGGACCUGGAAAGGAGGAGAAAACUAUUCACGAAACGGCCCAGGAGACCACUAAAUAUCUAGGACCUAGCAGGACCAUAGAUGGCACGAACAAGGAGGAACAGAUGAUGUUCGACGUCAACUCUGCAGGGCACCACAACUCACCUUCAGAAUUUGAGCCAUUUCCUCCAAUGCCUUCCGUAUAA